UUUAGCGCCUUUUCAUCACAUCUCUUUGUGAGAAGAGACAGGAUACUAAAGUGUCGUAAGGACUUCUAUAUUAAGACUCAUUAUGCGAGAAAUCGUACAUAUUCAGGCAGGACAAUGUGGCAACCAAAUCGGAGCAAAGUUCUGGGAGGUGAUAUCUGACGAGCACGGCAUCGAUCCAACAGGGACCUACCAUGGAGACUCGGAUCUGCAGCUGGAACGAAUCAACGUAUAUUACAACGAAGCCUCAGGAGGCAAGUAUGUUCCCCGUGCUAUUCUACUUGACUUGGAACCUGGAACCAUGGACUCGGUACGAUCAGGACCUUUCGGACAGCUUUUCAGACCAGACAACUUUGUGUUUGGUCAGAGUGGAGCAGGAAACAACUGGGCUAAAGGACACUAUACAGAAGGUGCUGAAUUAGUCGACACAGUGUUAGAUGUCGUCAGGAAAGAAUCUGAAAGCUGUGACUGUUUACAGGGCUUCCAGCUGGCUCAUUCACUGGGUGGAGGAACUGGAUCUGGAAUGGGAACUCUUUUGAUUUCUUUGAAAAUCACCAUUAUAUAA